AUGCCUUACCCCUGUGUGGCGUACGGAUGCGGCAAAACCACUGAAGAUAAUGUAACGCUUUUUAAAUUUCCUAAGGAUCCCCAGGAAUUUCGCAAAUGGGAAAAGCAAGUUCAGCGUACUCGCGGCGAUUGGAUCGCUUCACCCAAUUGUCGCCUAUGCAGUGAGCAUUUUGGGAAAGACUACUUUGAGUCCAUAUCGCCUUCAGGGGUUCACAAGCUGCGACCUGGGGCUGUUCCUACUGUGUUUGUCCGUCGCCACUGCAUUUCCUGCGAUGGCACUGGCUCUGUCAGCACCUCUAGUCAUGCCCUUACCCUGUUCAUUGUGGAGAAGUCCCUCUUGCAGUUGACGCUGGAGACUGGAAUGACCAGAGCAACUCCUGCCAAGUGGCUCAACGGGAGAGCCGGCAAUGGAGCAAGUGAGAAGGAGUACCAGAAAGGAGGACAAAUACAGGACCAGUCUCCAGUACAAGAACCAGCAAGGUGCGAGCUGUGUGGGACAAUUUUCGACAAUAGCGGCUUUAAAACAAAACGCAAGCGUUUCUGUAGCACUUUCUGCUCACGCGCUUAUUCCUCCCGCCUGAAAAUGUCGAGUGCACAUGCACGCCUGAAGGGAACCCCUCUUACAAAGAAGUCCAAAGUCUUGAGCAAAUUUAACAAAGUUCGCCCAGCACCACUGGAUGCACCUGUUAAAAUCUUUGAGUGGGGGGACUACUUGGACAAGGAAACAUCCUUGGGGGCAUCAGUCUCCUGCUUCAGACAUGCUCCCAUGUGUGUUCAAUGGGAGGAAAUCAACGUUGGGAUGAAGGUAGAAGUCUUAAACACCAAUGCAGUCCUGUCCACUAAGGUUUACUGGAUUGCUACAGUCAUUCAAAUUGCAGGAUACAAAGCAUUGUUGCGAUACGAGGGCUUUGAGCAUGAUAGCAGCCGCGAUUUCUGGUGCAGCCUAGUUUCAGGUGAGCUGCACCCCAUCGGGUGGUGUGCUUUGACUGGCAAGCUUCUGGUUCCUCCGCAAGAUGUGACCAAAAUCCCUGACUGGAAAGAGUAUUUGAUGAAGAAGUUGGUGGGAGCCCACACUCUGCCUGUUGAAUUCUACCUGAAGCUGUCCGAACGCAUGAAGCAGCAAUCCUUCAGAAUGGGCAUGCGUGUGGAGGUGGUCGAUCCCAAACACGUUAGCCGGACCCGCAAAGCCAUCAUUGAAAACAUCAUUGGCGGGCGCCUACGGCUAUUGUACAUUGACCAGAGCGACUCCCCUGAAAACGUCACUGCGGAUUUCUGGUGCCACCUGUCCAGUCCACUCUUGCACCCGAUUGGCUGGUCCAGAAGAGUGGGCCACAACAUGAAAGCACCCGGUGGCCAAACUCCUGGUGGUGGUUUGAAGGGAAUUUGCAACAGUACAGAUAACCUUUUUAAAAAGCCCAGGUAUGUCUACAUGGACGGAGGUUAUUUUGAGGAAGGAAUGAAGCUCGAGGCUAUCGAUCCGCUAAAUCUGGGCAGCAUCUGUGUGGCUACUAUACACAAGGUGCUGUUAGACGGCUACUUGAUGGUUGCCAUUGAUGGUGCACCAUCACACAAUGGUUGUGACAGAUUCUGUUACCACGCCUCCUCCCACGCCAUCCUACCCAAGGACUUCUGCAAAAGGAAUGACAUCGCUCUCACCGUGCCGCAAGGAUGUGAUCCUGAGACUUUCACCUGGGAAAAUUACCUUAAGGAGACUAAUUCAAAAGCUGCACCGCAACACUUAUUCAACACAGACUAUCCAGGUCAUGGCAUCUCCCCCAACAUGAAACUGGAAGCGGUGGACUUGAUGGAGCCGCGGCUGGUGUGCGUGGCCACGGUGAGGCGUUGCGUGGGACGUCUGCUCCUCAUCCACUUUGACGGCUGGGAUGACGACUUUGACCAGUGGGUCGACCACGAAUCCACUGACAUCUACCCUAUUGGAUGGUGUGAUCUCACCGGCUACCAACUCCAACCGCCACCUGGACUCGUGAUGGAAAACCACGCAGGACAGAUCAAGAAACCAAAGAUUCCCUUAUAUGGGAAAAAAAGGCGGCGGAACGCGAAAAGGCGCACGCACUCUCUUCAAGUCGAAGAGAACAAUGACAAUCACAAUCACGAAGACAAUCACGAGGAGGAACAACAGCCGCCAUCGAGCAACGCGACACUCCAACCGCCAUUACCGGAAAACACUGCGCCCGUUGUUCAACUCAAAAGCGAACCAGAGGAGCUGGAGAUCGCUCGCGUGGAAGUGAAAGUGGAGGAGGUGGAGAUGGAAACUCCAAUCUCCUAUCAAGCUCCGGUAUAA